CAAAACACACUUUGGAUAUUAAAUAUCAAAAAUGCCUUAUUAUAUGUAUGGAAAGUUCAGUUAAAAAUAAUUACUUGCUUGCUCUUUCCGCCAUCUUGGAACCCGUGGAGGCCUGCUGGGAACAGGACUCCUGAAACGACAAAUAUGUCUGGAAGGCUGUGGUCCAAAGCCAUUUUUGCUGGCUAUAAGCGAGGUCUCCGGACCCAGAGGGAGCACACAGCUCUUCUUAAAAUUGAAGGCGUUUAUGCUCGAGAUGAAACUGAAUUCUAUCUAGGCAAGAGAUGUGCUCAUGUGUACAAAGCAAAGAACAACACAGUGACUCCUGGUGGCAAACCAAAUAAAACCAGAGGAAUCCGGGGAAAAGUAACUCAUGCUCAUGGAAACGGUGGCAUGGUUCGUGCCAAAUUCCGAAGCAACCUUCCUGCUAAAGCCAUUGGCCACAGAAUCCGUGUGAUGCUGUACCCCUCAAGGAUUUGAACUAACUGAAAAGUAAAUAAAUAGAGGUGUAGAUUUGUUCUCUUGUAAAAAAACCAAACUACUUGCUUACACAUAUUUUCAAAUGUGCUAAAAGCAAACCAUUUAUAAAUAUGCUUAAAUUAUGACAUAUUCACAGGCUCCGGUCAUCACGGGGAGGAUCUAGAAGGUCUGGAGUGCUCACAUAAAAGUGUGCGAUCUGCUAACGUGACCUCUGAGUCAAUGAAAAGUAAAGAAAUAUGCAGAGGUUUCCCUGGCCUGUGGUCAUCUUAAAACUAUGGUUCUGAACAAUCCCAGGAAAGAGAACCAAGGAUGCAAAAUCCCAUGGAAGUUCCACAAGGAAAACACAACACAAGUAACUUUCUUUUGAGUCUUCAAGAUGAAUUUUUCUCUUUAAGUGGUUAAUUGCAAAUUUGAGUCAAGAUACAGUUUAUCCAUUUAACAAAUAUUGAGCGUUUACUAACGUGCCAGCCACUAUUCCAAGCACUGGGGAUACUUCAGAGAACAGGACAAAUAAAACCUCCUCCCUUUUGUGACAUUUACGCUUCAGGGACGUGGUCUGAAGACAAUUGGUGAGAGUAACAUUUUAAUCACCUAAAAAUCCAGAAAAAGAAACACUAAAGAUUUAAAGCCAGAGACUUAAAUUGGAAUUGAAAGUAGUUUCAGUGUUUGUUUUGGGUCUGCAACUACUGGAUUCUUUGGGUAUUGACCUUUAUCAUCUAAUUUCAAUUUGCCUGUAUUUUAACUUCACAACAGAUGCAUAAAUGUCUUCUGCAUAAAUAUUGCUGAAUGCUUAAAAUAAGGAUCUGAGAGAGAACUGCACUUGCUAUGACCGAAUGAUUUAGGGUGGGCUUAAGUCCUUUGGGCCUCAAUUUCCUUAUUUGGCAGUAAGACUAAUAUGAUUUUUUUUUAUAAUUUUUUUUUCGUUUAUUUAUUUUUGG